GCCUCUUCAAAGCACCAAUACUUUUCCUAUCGACAUAUAGAUUUGGUAAGAGAAAUAAUGUUUAGUUACCCAACCUCCCACUAGGGCAAGGAAAGGAUAAUGGCGGAAUCAUCGACAGGAGCAUAUAUCGGUUUUCCACCUUUCAAUUCCGGCGGGGAUAUCUUAUUUGAUGAAUCUCUAUCUUCCUGCAUAGAGAAUAUCCCGCCGUCAGCAAGCGCUCCUUCAGAAGAACAAUCGCAAACGGGAUCAGCUCGGUGUGAAUCCAGAAAUGGAUUGACUGAAGAACAAAAGCAAGAGCUUCUGAAAGAAAUUAAUGAAUUAGAGACACCAGAAGAGAUAAAAUCGGUGAUCCAGAAAUGCCGCUCAUUAGGUUUAGACCUCGACAUAAACCGACUUGUUCGAUUUGCUAUCCGCCGAGAUUACCUGCUAAUUGUCAAAUAUCUGGUCGAAGAAGAAAACGCGGACCUGACGCGUCGGGAUAUCUUUGAUAGAUAUGCCAUCUUCUAUCUGCGGAACCCGAGCCCCGAGUUGUUGGAGUAUCUAUCAAAACACGACUGCUUUACCGUAGAGCACUUGAACUACCUGGAUAAGAAAAAAUGGUCUCCCUUACACUAUGCAGUAAAAAACUCCAAUUUUCAUCAUAUCAAGCACUUACUCAUAAUGGGUGCCAACGCCGAAAUGGAAAAUUUCGACCAUAAGAUGCCGAUAGAACUGAUUGAUACGAACGGGUAUAGAUGGAGAAGGAAUAUGCUACUUUUCGCAUUUUGGAAGCUACGCCAAUUAUAUCCUCAUUUGACAAAUGUGCCCUUUCACGACUCCCAUGGUAACAUUGUUACGAAGCAGUUAGAUAUACACCCAGAUUUCAGAUUGUUCGAAGGCGGCGGCGUAAACUGGUGUCAUAUUCCGUGGACAAACGGUAUCAUAGUCUUUGCUGCUCUUAGGGAACUCGGACGAUAUAAUCAUUCUUUUUUUGCAGAUGAUAUAUAUGGCUCGUGGUUCCAAGGUGCUACCCCCGUCCUAAGUAAUCCGAAGCUUUACUGCCGUAAGCCAUCAUACGAGUCAAAAUACUCUGACCCUAAACCGUAUAUAUCUAUGGUGUUCCCCUUUCUCGUACUUCAGACCAAAGAGAAUCAUAUGCAGUCGAGGGAGGAUAUUCUUAAGUUUAGGUUAAAUAUACCUAAUGACUUCGCCCAGAGUGUAGUACAGGUGGAGCAAACACUGGAUGAGACUUAUUACUCGACCCUCUCUACUGAAGCACUUGCACAUCGAAAUAAUGACCAGGUGGUUUCCAGAGAGUGCGUAGAAACACUCAGUGGCAAACAGCUUAAAUACAAUGAGAGACCUAUUUUAAUUGUGUCCCAGCUGUGGCUGUGGAAAGAUGGAAACUGCAUUUUAACUGCCUACACAGAAGAAGGACCACGUCUCCAGCCAAUUCCUGAAACUACGUUUCCCGGGGGGUUUGAGAACACAGCCGAAGUACUUAAACUUGAUCAAAUGGUUUUGGAAGACGAAAACUCUGACUAUAUUUCUGCAUUACACGCUGCGCGUAUUAUAACCAAUCGCCUUUCAAAAUUCGGCGAAUCACAGGCCGGUGGGGAGUUGCCAUCGCCCCUUGAUAUCUUCGAGAUUGGCGUAGUCCGAAUUCUAUCGGAUGUUGAAGCGUAUACAGAUCCAAACAAGCAAUUGCUACCUGAAGAUAUUGAGAAAGAGCGUAAUUUUAUGCAUAGAAUCGCCGACGUCAAAGAGGAACUAGCAAUGGUACAGGAAAUCCUGGAUCAACAAAAGGAAAUUCUCCGGAGUUUAAUUCAGGAUAUCGAGAAUCAUGAAUUUCGUAAUAUGUCAGAGAAGUGUGUUGGUGUUGAAAAAAACUAUAACGAGGGAAGAUGGGAGAAAUUGAAACUAUCGGCAAAAGACGUCGAUGGGUUUCAAAAGCGGGUUUCCAAAAUUGGUAGAGACGCAGAGAGAAUCGAGAAUCUAAUUCAGAAUCAGCUGAAUAUGAAGCGGACGUACGCGAGUAUAAGGGAUGCUCGCACCGGGUUGAUUCUCAGCGCAGCUGUUAUUGGAUUUACGGUUAUCACAAUUAUAUUCGCGCCAUUAGCCUUUAUAACAAGUUUAUUCGCUCUGCCCCUAGAGGGUUUCCUCAAAAACCAAUACCAACUCGACGGAGGAAACGGAAUAGACCCGACCGCCGCGUACACCACGAAGUACGUUGCGAUUUGGUUUGUUGUGGCUGAGGCCAUAUCGUUGCUUGUCACUAUCUUCCUAGUAGCGUUGUGCCUCUGGUAUUUUGGCGUUCACAAGAAUUUAUCCAUGGUACGAGAAAACCAUUCCAGCAAAAAUAUGGUGGUAGAUGAUCGCAGGCGCUCUAAGACUAAGUCGAGUAGAGUGGAUAAAACGACCAGGUCAGUCGGAGAGAAGAAGUCGGGAUCGGAUCAGGAGAAGACAGGUAUGAGAAGAAAGACCACGAAGCUUUGGAGUCGUUCAAAACAGGGUGAAUCAGGUCUGGUAUAAAGGGGUUUCUUACGAUAUCCUACGCCAUAAUUCGGCCUCCGUUGGCUGGGAUUAAGUUGAAUUGACCAAGGUUCAAUCGUAUUAGCAAUGGGCUGGAGUAGGGUGAUUGAUCUAGCACUUAUAUGAUUUAUGUAAAAUAGUUUCCUAUUUUUCGUUCCGCUUCACCCUUGGUGUGCUUUUGGCUCGCCAUUCAAUACAGCAUCACAGUUACACAUAUUAAUUGUAUCACACUCAUCAUCAC